AUGAACACUGAAGAACAGUAUUAUGCAUCGACCCAGCUCUACAAGGAUUCGUGUGCGUUUCAGAGAUCCCAGGCACAGGAUUAUAACCAGAACCCCCCAGCCUGCCUGUACAUGGGCAGACAGCAGCAGACACCCUACUCUAGUGCUUUAGGUGCGCUGGAACAAGGCAGCCCGCCAGACAUUUCACCCUACGAGGUACCCCCCAUUACAGAGGAUCCAGGGGUCUCCCAUCUUCAUCACCAUCACCACCACCACCCUCAUCACCCUCAGCUUCCUCAUCCCCACCAGGAAGCUAUUCCUUUUGCAGAUGGGACUGUCACUGGGGUUUUAGAGGAACCUAGAGUUCAGUUGCCUUUCCCAUGGAUGAAAUCCACCAAAUCUCACGCCUGGAAGGGACAAUGGACCGGUGGCUCCUACGUGGUAGAGCAAGAGGAGAAUAAGAGGACGAGGACCGCCUACACGAGAGCGCAGCUCCUGGAGUUAGAGAAGGAGUUCCUUUUUAACAAGUACAUCUCCAGGCCCCGCCGCGUGGAGCUGGCUGUCAUGCUGAACUUGACAGAGAGACACAUAAAGAUCUGGUUCCAGAACCGGAGGAUGAAGUGGAAGAAGGAAGAGGAUAAAAAGAGGGGAGCGGGGGCCGGCGGAGGAAACAGCAAUGACGCUGACCAAGACUGUGUGGUGUCCUCUGGGGAGCUGACGGGGAAAGAGGAGCUCCAGCAAUGCCUGGCCUCGGCCGCCUCCGGAGAGCUGCUCCCCUCCAGCCUCGCUGCCUCCUCCCAGCCUUCUACCACCACCCCGCGAAGGCAGCAGGACGCUCGGUGA